AUGAAUUUGCAUCCUAAGUCGCCACUGCUCCUCCGGGCAAUUCUCCUUUUGUCAACGAUCCUGGCAGGUGAUUGCUGUCCAGCUGGCUGGCACAGAGAGGGAAGUUUCUGCUUCAAUGUGGUCUACUUUGAAUCGCAAGGAGACAGAUUGGAUUGGGGUGACGCUGAGGCUGCCUGUAUGAAAGACGGUGGGCAUCAUCUUGCCAGCAUCCAUACUGCACAGCAACAGUACUAUGUAUACGAAACCAUUGUGCAAGAAACCAACACUGGCUAUUGGAUUGGAUUGACUGAUGCUGAUGCUGAAGGUGCUUAUACCUGGAUCGAUGGCACUGAUGGGGAUGUGUUCUUCUGGAAUACAAAUAGAUCUCCUGCGGAACCAGAUGGAGGAAAAGGGCAAGAUUGUGUGUUUAUAUAUAAGGAUGAAGGUGGUGAGAUGACUGACAGAGACAAUGCAUGGGGUGAUGACGGCUGCAUGACAAAGAACAACUACAUCUGUGGCGAACCUGCCUAUGUGCUUGUGCCAGAUGUGGAGAAUCAAUGUAUUGAUGCCGCCCAAGCAAAUGUUUCGCUGACCUGGACAGGAGUUACUGCCCUGAAGCCUGGGACUAUCGUCGUUGGUUCCGUCACUUGUAUUGACUCGCUAGAUGGAGCCAGCAUCUCUCUGACCGGGGGAGACUUUGGACUAGGGUCUCACACAAUCACUUGCUCUGCUAGUUUUAUGGAUGGAACCAUGGACUGGUCCAGUUUCACCUUCAAUGUCACAGCUCUUCCAUCUCUGACAGUACCGACAGUUAGCACCCAGACUCUCGGGACAGGCCAAUCAACAGUCACAGUGGCUUGGGCCGAGGUAACCGCCACAAAUUCUGACGCUCAGCCCAUCACGUGCUCAGACUCUGGCGAUGGUACCGGUCUGAGUGUGACCGGGGGUGACUUUGGUCUUGGAUCCCACACAGUCACCUGCAACGUGACUAACUCGGAUGGUUGCACGGCAGCAGAGAGCUUCACAUUUGACGUUACAGGUGGAAGCAACUGGCCAGUCAUUAAGAACUAA